AUGGAUGCAGAGAGAGAAGCCCUGCAGGUCAUGGCCUACCCGGAAGUGCAGAGCUUCUGCCAGAAACAUGGCUUAAUGUUUGAGGUGGUUGAUCUGAGGUUGGGUAUUCGGGACACAGAGGCCACUGAACACAUGACCACAGAACUCUGCUUGGAAGAACUGGACCGUUGUCAGAAAACAUCUAUAGGACCAGCUUUCAUUGCCCUCCUAGGUGACCAGUAUGGUCCCUGCCCAGUCCCUCCACUGAUCGAGGAGAAGGAGUGGGAAGCACUGAGGGCCCAGCUGACCACCAGGCCCCGAGAUCUGGAACUGGUGGUAAGAUGCUUCCGGAGGGAUGAGAACUCCAUUCCUCCCACCUACAUCCUGCAGUCGGGCACCAGUGAGGCCCAUGGGCCUGAAGAGGCCACCUUGACCUCUGUCCUCCGCUGUGGAGCUGAGGAGGCCUGGAGUCAGGGCCUCCUCAGCCAGAGACAAUGGCUCCGCUACCACUGGUCAGUCACUGAGUGGGAAAUAGAGCAAGGCCUGCUGAGCUCAGCACACGGGGACCAGGGAGCCACAGUCUUCCUGAGAGAAAUCCAAGACCUCAACAAACAUAUCUUGGAUGACUGUGCACUCAAGAUGGUGGACCGGCUAGCAGAUGGUUGUCUGGAUACUGAUGCCCAGAAUCUUCUCAGCAGCCUCAAGGGACGCAUUGCUGAUGCCCAGCCUGGGGUCCUUAAAGUCUAUCAUCUGCCAUGGAGCCGUGACCUAGUAAACCCCAAGAACAAGGCUCAUGCGCGCUACCUGAAAGAGCUGACUGAGCAGUUUGUGGCCAGGACCAACCACCAGGUCCUUGAACAUCUCAGAGAGCUGGACUCAGCUAGACAGGAGCUGGGCUGGCUGUACCAAGAGAUUCACCACCACCUUUGGCAGGGAACAGAGGCCACAAGGACCUUCUGUGGACGCCAGGAGCUCCUGGCCCAGCUUGGGCAGCAGCUCAGGCAGAAUGACAGCUGUUCCCAUUCCCCCUUGGUGCUCUUUGGACCUCCAGGUAUUGGAAAGACGGCCCUGAUGUGCAAGUUGGCUGCACAGAUGCCAGGGCUGCUUGGUCACAAAACAGUGACUGUCCUGAGGCUUCUGGGAAUGUCCCAGAUGAGCUUGGAGGCUCGCAGCCUCCUCAAAGACAUCUGUUUCCAGUUGUGCCUGGCCUAUGGACUGCCCCUGCCCCCUGCCCAGGUCCUGGAGGUCCACACCAGGGUGGUUCACUUUUUUCAUGUUCUCCUCCACACCAUUUCCUGCAGAAACUUUGAAUCCCUGGUGUUGCUGUUGGAUUCUGUGGAUGACCUGGACUGUGUUCGUCAUUCUCAGAGGGUCCCCUGGCUGCCCCUUAAGUGUCCCCCACGGGUCCACCUUGUCAUUUCAGUGUGCUCAGGGCAGAGGGGGAUUUUAGACACCUUGCAACAAACACUCAGAGACCCCAACACCUACUGGGAGGUGAAGCCCCUCUCUGGAGACCAAGGGAAGGAGAUGAUCCAACUCCUGUUGGCUGUGGGAAGGAGGACACUGAGCCCACACCAGAGGGACAUACUUUGGGCCAGUCUCUCAGGGUGUGGGCACCCAGGGCGACUGAGGCUGGCCUUUGAAGAAGCUCGGAAUUGGGCCUCCUUUACCAUGCCUGCCCCUUUGGCUACCACAGCCGAGGAAGCUACACACCAGUUCUGCAUCCGCCUGGAGCAGGCACAUGGGCAGGUGCUGGUGGCCCAUGUGCUGGGCUACAUUGUGUCUUCCAGGUAUGGCCUUUCGGAGGCGGAGCUGAAGGACGUGUUGUCCUUGGAUGAUGAGGUCCUGCAGGCUGUGUACCAGGACUGGACUCCGCCCAGCAAGGAGCUGCUGCGCUUCCCGCCCCUGCGGUGGGUGCGGCUCCGGAGGGACCUGGGCAGCUGCCUGGUCAGGCGGCCAGGAGACGGCUGCACACUUCUGGCCAUUGCCCACAGGCAACUGGCUGAGGUGAUCUGUGUGCGUUACUUGGCUGGAUCAGAGAGAGCAAAGAGGCAUGGUGUCUUGGCUGACUUCUUCUCUGGAGCCUGGAGCCAAGGCACCAAGAAGCUCAUCACUCUGCCACUCGUGGGGAAGCCCCUGAACUUGGAUCGCAAGGUGGCCCCACAGCCGCUGUGGUUCUCAGACACCAUUGCCAACCUGCGUAAGCUGAAGGAACUUCCCUUCCACCUGCUGCACGCGGGCCGCCUGGAGGAGCUGAAGCAGGAGGUGUUGGGGAACAUGAGCUGGAUCUCCUGUCGGGGUGUUUCUGGGGGCAUUGAGGACCUGCUGGAUGACUUUGACAUGUGUGCCCCUCAUGUGAAUUCCCCUGAGGUUGGCCUAGUCCAAGAAGCCCUCCAGCUGUGCCGCCCUGCUGUGGAACUCCGAGGCAUGGAGAGAAGUGUCCUGUAUACAGAGCUACUGGCCAGGCUACAUUUCUUUGCCACAUCACAUCCAGCGCUCGUGGGACAGCUGUGCCAACAAGCCCAGAGCUGGUUCCGGGCAUGUACACAUCCUGUGCUGGUGCCCCUGGCAGGUUUCCUACAGCCCCCUGGAGGACCCCUGUUGGUGACACUCACAGGUUGUCACAAAGGCAUCACUGCCAUGGCCUGGAACCUGGAGGAGAAGUUGCUGAUAGUUGGCACCCAGGAUGGCAUUGUGACUGUGUGGGACACGCAGGAAUGGCAGGUGGUCCACAUUCUAACUGGACAUACAGCUGAAGUGAGGUGUGUGAAGAUAUUUGCCAAUGGGACUCGCGCCCUCUCCACCUCAAAGGACCACACAUUGCGUCUGUGGAAUUUGCUGUCUGGCCAGGAGGAGUUUGCUACUUCUGAUGGAGGCUCAACAAGUUCUACUAACCCUCACACCUGGGGUCUUCAUGUGGAUGAGGUGAACACAGUCGUGUAUUCCACAUCAAGCUCAAAGGUUACUGCAUGGAAUCUAGAAACUGCACAACUAGUUUUCUGUAUCCUUGGAGAUGCCUCUGAUCCCUGGGUGUGCACGGCCAUGUUGCCUUCCCAAGCCCAGCUGCUGACCGUGUCAGAACAUGGCAUGGUCAGUCUAUGGAGCUUGGACACGGGAAAACUACAGGACAAGCACCCAUUGUCCAGCGUUAAAGAAGAGACUCCCACGUGUGUGGCCUCCCUCCAGAGACAAGGCAGGAUGCUCGCUGGGUUUAGCAGUGGCUCCAUCUCCUUGGUUUCUUCUGAAGGAGAAAGAUUGCUGGAGAAGCUUCCAGAAGCAGUGAGGUUCCUGAUGGUUUCUGAAGAUGAAUCCCUUCUGGCAGCAGGCUUUGGGAGAUCUGUGCGGAUAUUCUUAGCCGACUCGCAGGGCUUCCACAAAUUCAUGGCCACAGAUCUGCAGCAUGAGGACGUGGUAGAGUCGGCGGUUUGGGGUCCUGAGAACAAUGUGAUCAUCACUGGGUCCCGGGAUGCACUCAUUCAGGUGUGGAGUCUGUCAGAACAGGGGACCCUUCUGGAUGUCCUGGAAGGUGUUGGGGGCCCUGUAAGUCUGCUAACACGGGGUGGGACUUUGAUGGCAUCUGCAUCCUGGAAGUCUUCAUCUUUCAAAGUCUGGGAUCUCAGCUACAUUCAGAAGCCUCGGCCUUCUACUCCAUUUCUGGAUCGGACUGGCCUCACAGCAGUGUCCCACAAUGGAAGCUAUGUCUAUUUCCCCAAAAGUGGGGACAAAACCAAAGUCACAAUUUGGAAUGUGGUAGAAGGUGAGGAGCAAGAGACCCUGGACACCUCCAGUGAAGUCAGAUGUCUGGAGAUAGCUGAGCAAGCCAAGCUCCUUUUCACAGGCCUUGUUUCAGGGAUCGUCCUUGUGUUCCCCCUGGAUUCCAGGCAAGAUGUACUGUGCAUCCCCCCUCCUGAAGUUUGGAAAGCCAUCAAUUGCAUGUCCUUGAGCAAGAGUGAGGACCAUCUGGCCAUUGCCUAUGACAACAUCGUCCUGGUGCUGGACAUCAGCCCUGGAGACCCCUGUCCUGUCAUCGAGGGGCCAACAUAUACCUUUUAUACCCAGCUGCCAGAGACCAUAGCCAGCGUAGCCAUUCUGGCUGACUACCGAGUAGUUUAUGGCAUGACUAACGGUGACCUCUUUCUUUAUGAGUGUGUCAACUCCAAAGUGUUCCCUUUGGAGGCACACAGGGGCAGGGUGACGUGUGUGGAGGUCAGCCACAAGGAGGAGCUGGCGGUCAGCGGAUCUGAGGAUACUCUGCUCUGUCUCUGGGACCUGCAGGCUUGCAAGUGGAAAUUAGAGAUGAGCUAUACGAGUUCCUACUGUACAGGGGUACAGUGUGCUUGCUUCUCCAAGGAUGACAAGUAUGUGUUUGCAGGCUUAAAGGACCGGUCUGUAAUUGUGUGGAGCACUCUGGAUGGGACUCUGCUAGCUGUCCAGUUUGUCCAUGCAAUGGUGAACAGAAUCAUCGCUACAUCCAAUGGCUUUAUGGCCCCCACAAGCCAUGGCUAUCUUAUCCGAGAGCGCUUCCAAUACCCAUCUGCAAGAACCUCCCAGCAGGACCCUCUCAAAAACUUCAAGAAGGCAGUAUGGCUGAUCAAGACCAGGCAAAAAGAAGAGCUGGCUGCAGCAGCAGAAGCAUCUCAAGACUCAGGAUCAGGAACUAUGCAGGGCAGUGAAUCAAAAUCAAACAAACGGUCACAAGUCUGCCUGCUGGUGUGAACCUCCAUGGGGCUGAGGCUCUACUUAGCCCUAAGCCAUCUGGUGGAGCUAAGAGACCAGUGGCCACCUGGGCCCAAGGCCUCACUCUUCCCAUCCUUCCACUCUUCCUUCCUCUUUUUCGGU